GAAUGAAUCAUUUGCGAAUCGGACACCAGCGAGAAGAGAAGUUGCAUGAGCGCAAGAUGAGGCAGUAAAAGUUUGUCAUUGAAGACAGACAGUUCACUUCACGAUAACAUUUGUUUUUUACUUAAUAUUAAUUCAGUGAUUUGAAGUGAGGAUACCUCGAUUGACUCCUUGUUUGUUUGGAUUAGAUUUGAACCGUUCUUUUAAAUCAAUUGAAUGGCAACAACACUUGUAUUGAUUAAAUGAAUGCAUCACCCAUAAAGAUUAUAUGUGUUGUUCAUGACAGUUUCGGACAAUGUGUACCUGAUUUCCAAGCGCGUCUGUUUCUCCCGCCGCUCGAGACAAACUCCCUGACAUGCACGCGCGCGGUCUCCUGCCAAACCGUUAAAACUACCGGCAUCUGGUGCUUUACAUCUCACUCGAUCGCUUAUUUCACAGAGCAGGACGGCGGAUGCAUCAGAUGCGAUGGACGCACGGAUGGGAAGCGCGUUGCUUUUGACGCUUUUCACCACUUUUUGCCGUUUAGUCAACUCGACAUACGGAACGUGGAGUUAUCACGCCAGUCAUGGGAAUAAUGUGGACGGGCGAUCCUCUCAACCUCAUAUUAUUUUUAUAAUGGUGGAUGACCAGGGAUUUCGGGACGUGGGCUAUCACGGGUCAGAGAUUAAGACCCCGACACUGGACAAACUGGCAGCAGCGGGAGUCAAACUGGAAAACUAUUACGUGCAGCCGCUGUGCAGUCCGUCCAGGAGCCAGCUGAUGACCGGCAGAUAUCAAAUCCACACCGGCCUUCAGCACUCCAUCAUUCGACCCACCCAGGCGAACUGUCUACCUCUGGAGAACGUCACUCUUCCUCAGAAGCUGAAGAACGCUGGAUACUCGACUCAUAUGGUUGGGAAAUGGCACCUUGGUUUCUAUAAGCGUGGCUGUAUGCCCACCCAGCGGGGCUUCGACACCUUUUUUGGCUCUUUGUUGGGUAGCGGCGACUACUACACCCAUUACAAAUGUGAUAGUCCGGGAUUGUGCGGCUACGAUCUUCACGAAGGCGAGGAGGCCGCUUGGGAGCAGGAUCGCGGCAUCUAUUCCACCAUCAUGUACACGCAGAAGGCCAUAAACAUCCUCGCGUCUCACGAUCCCAGAAAACCCAUCUUUCUUUACUUGGCCUUCCAGGCGGUACACUCUCCCUUGCAGGUUCCUGCCCGAUACAUCAGACGCUACAAGUCCAUCCCGAACCUGCAUCGCCGCAAAUACGCGGCCAUGGUCAGCUGUUUGGACGAGGCUGUACGCAAUCUCACUCUUGCACUGAAACAAUACGGCUAUUAUGACAACACGGUUAUGGUUUAUUCCUCGGAUAACGGCGGACAGCCGAUGGCAGGAGGGAACAACUGGCCAUUAAGGGGGAGUAAAGGAACUUACUGGGAAGGUGGCAUACGUGCAGUGGGUUUUGUUCAUAGCCCCCUACUGGUCAAGAAGGGCACAACAAGCCGAGCUUUGAUACACAUCACCGACUGGUACCCGACACUGGUGAUGCUUGGGGAAGGGAUGCUGGAUGAGGACCAGAAUCUGGACGGUUACGAUAUCUGGGAAGCCAUUAGCGAAGGCCGUCCAUCCCCUCGGCAAGAUAUUCUUCACAACAUAGACCCUAUCUACAUCAAAGCCAAGAACGGAUCCUGGAAGGCCGGCUUCGGAAUCUGGAACACGGCCAUCCAGGCGGCGCUCCGUGUGGGUGACUGGAAGCUAUUGACCGGCGUGCCAGGAUAUAGCGACUGGAUCCCGCCGCAGACUUUCUCCACGGUGUUGCUCACCAAACGUUGGCACAAGGAGCGCGUAAGUUGGCAGCGAGGCAAGUCUAUAUGGCUUUUCAACAUCACGGCCGAUCCGUACGAGCGGGUGGACCUUUCUCAACGCUACCCACAUGUGGUUAAAAAAAUGCUAUUCAGGCUUCUGCAGUACAACAAGACGGCCGUCCCCUGCCGCUACCCGGCGAAAGACUAUCGCUCCAAUCCUCAGUACAACGGGGGAGUGUGGGGGCCUUGGUACACGGGCGACGAUGAAGAUGAGGAGGAUAAUCUGCUCUCGUACGAUUUAGAAAAGAGUUGGAAAAAAGCUAAACGGAGAGGGAAGUUGAAGAAAAAAACCUGAGGUCAGUUUUGACACUCGCGUUAACUCAGGGAUAAAUGCAUCUGUGAACUUUGUGAAAGUCAUUUUCACUGAUUUCCAGUAUAGAUUUACCUCUAAUAUCACACCAAGAGCAAUUUAAAGGUGAAGGGUGACAUUAAAGUACUUCAUAUAUAAUGUGCAGCGACAGCUGUAAGUAAACCAUUCGUGGAUUGACUACCCAAAGAGUGUAAACACUGUGACUAUGGUGCUUUCAACAUCGCUCUGAUUGUUUGAGCAGUCUGAUAUAUAAACAUUCGACGCGGACCAAUGGUGUAAGUUUGGGGUGAGAUGAUUAGUUUGUCCAAAUUGUGGAAGACAGACGAUUGUGGCACAGACAUUUUACACCUUGACGCCUGUGCUCCACGUGUUUAGUAGGAAAACCACUUGAAUUGCUUUAAUAAGUGAAGUUGUCGGGUUAUAUGAGAAGACUAAAUGAAAUCAGACUUUGUUGAUGGUGCUAUAUCCUUAGCAAACAUUUGAAACAAGAUAAAAUUUUUAUUAUAAAUAUAUAUUGUGAAAAGCAAUUUAAAACCUCAACUACAUAUAAAAAGCAUAUACUGUA